AUGUAAUCUAAAAAUAUUUUAUAGAAAGACCCCACACAGCUCAAAAUAGUUCUAUAAAAAUAGGCAAAUAGAAAAAACAAAUUUAUUAGAUCUUUAUUAAGCUAUAAUUAGAAUGAUCUAAUAAUCUUAGUCUAGGAAAAUAUGGUAAUCAAUAAAUAAAUAAAAGCGAUGAAAUAAUGUUGAGUAGUUAAUCCUAAGUUAGGUUAAAUAGUAGUAUUAUAGAUGGUUAUGUGGUGCAUCGAAGGUAAAGAAUUAUAUUUUCAGAUAAAUUA